UUAAUUAGUUAUUCUAUAGACAAUUGAAUAAUGUCGUCACGGAAAAUAGAAGAUAUUCACUUAACUUUAUUAAAUAAGUUACUCUCAGAUUCUGGAUUGGAGUGCAUCAGAUCGGCACCAGAAUCACUGGAAUCAUUUUCCUCAUUAGAAGAAGCUGAGGAAGAAGCCUCACAUGAACAACAUGAAGAAUUGAUUUCUGAAGAAACACAAGAAGGAGAAGACAAGCAACUAGUUGUUGAAGAGGUGCAAGCUGAGGAACCAGAAGUAUUCCCAACGCCCUCCUUAAGAAGAGUCAUUCCUGAGAAAAUCCGAAAAAUAGAAGAGCAGUACAGGAUUCAUGUACUUCCAGAAGAGUUUAAAACUGAUAUCGAUCCUGCAGCCAUACCUACGAUAGCUCAUACUGCGCAACAGAAGUACAUAGAUAGUUUAGCAGAAAUUGUGGGCUGUACUGAAUAUAAGAGCAGCUUGGCGGAGUUUUGGUUUCUAGACACCUUAGCUAAUUUACUUAGAAGAGCACAAGAAGACGAAUUAGAUAGACCAACUCAGGCCGUACUCAUACUGUGGUUUUGCGAAUGGAUGAAAGAAAUACAACACUUUGAUGCAGCUGAUCGAAAGAGAAUGAUGAGACGUUUUCAGGAUAAUAUGCUUUCUGCAGCAAAAUUUAUAGCCGAAGAAGAGCGUAUUCCUACACCAACUGAUGCGGGUAUUUACUAUCGUGCUCCUGAGGAGAUACCCGAGGGUCAGCCCCUCCAGAAUGUUCCACCAGAGUAUACACGACACGCAUCAGUCACGUUCGAGGGUGCAGCGUUUGAAUGCUCUCUAAGAGACCUUACAAAGAUUAUACAUUAUAUUUUUGACUUGUUCAGCACAGACUAUCAAUAUGAUCUGGUGCGUUCGAUCUUCACAUUUAGUCCUGAAUACACGCUGAUAGAUGUCCCCUACCAGAUACAGAAUCCAAAGUCCCUUUACGCGCCUUUGAAAUUCAAGCCUAAAAAGGAGAAAUCACCAAAGAGUGAUAAACCGGGUGCGAAAGGGAAAAAGAAGGAUAUAGACACGGAAGAAUAUUUGGCUUUGUUGGAGCUAAAGGCCAAACAAGAACGGGAAUUACAGGAACAAGAAGAAAGAGACCGCGAAGUGUGGCAAUAUCGUAGUCACAUACUACCACUGAACUUGGCAGCCGAUGAUGCCUUCUUUAACAAGUACUGGCCGCCACCACCGCCGGAGCCGGUACCGGAGCCCGAACUAGAGCCUAAGGGGAAAGGAAAAGGGAAGGGCAAGAAAUAAUUGUAACAUGACAUUAAUAAUUCUUCGCUACGUACCUAAAGUACCUUAGGAUUUACAAAUUUUGGAAAAUGUAAUUUAUUGUAUAACUAGUAGUUUCCCACUAAUAGGAAGCAAUUUUUUUAAAUAAACUAUAGGUACUUUUACAUAGUGUUGUAUUGAUAUUUAUAUGAUUGCGUUUCUGAAAAUUUGCGGCACAUGCACAAGACGCUCAAAAUGAAAGUCGGCCAUCUGUAGACAUUUCAAGAUACUAUUAUGAUUAAUUCACAACAUUAGUCGUCAAUUAUUUAUGGGUUAUUAAGUUGGCGGGACACCAGUUGAGGAUAAAGUAAGAAACUUUUAAGGAAUAUAAUAUGUGCGACUUUAAUAAUAUUAAUAUUCACAUAGUAAAUCUGCUCAAAAUAUGCCAUACAAAUCACGUCUAGGCAAAUGUAAAUGUAAAUUUAUUUGGCCACUUUAAGUAUAACAAUUUAUAAUUUUUUUAUUAAUAGAUAUCUACUUUUAGUAUUUAAUCGUAAUUGUAUAAUAAAACAUCUUGUUUACGAUUAUAAUUGCAAUUAUAUUUCAUAUCAAUAAAACUUUGUUUGACUGUACAUUCAAAGCCACUAACAUACCACAUGUACCAGUACCAUAAUGCCGGAAUGUAUUUUGAGCAUCAAACCCCUCGUGUACAGUCCCACAAAAGACAAAACGUACAAGAAUAACAUCUUUGCGUCAGUACGGUACUUGUGCAAUAUAAAUACAUACAAUAUUAUCAAUUUACAAUAAAAUUAUUAUCACUAUAAUUAAUAUUGAAUAAAACCGUAUUAAUCUGACCAAGACAAGAAUAGAAGGGCUAUGAAUUUUAUUUGGAUGAUGACACAAUUUUUAACUAUUGGGCGA